AUGUACGAGUACAAAUGUGUUGGCACCUACUACGAUAUUACUCCCUGCUCAUUUCUUGAUGUGCAAAAUGAUUUAAACUGUCGAAAAGAAUGGGACUCCAAUGUGUUGUCGUUGGAAUUGUUGAAGGAAGAAGAUGAACACGAGGUAAAGCUCGGCAUCCCGAAUAGUCACGACGAAGCGAUUUCUUAUGUGCAAAAUGAUUUAAACUGUCGAAAAGAAUGGGACUCCAAUGUGCUGUCGUUGGAAUUGUUGAAGGAAGAAGAUGAACACGAGCUCAUUCGUUGGGUACAAAAGUAUCCAUACCCCCUUUAUCCUCGCGAAUACGUUUAUGCACGAAGAACAUGGGUUUCCGACGAUUCUCAGAUGAUCGUUGUUGAUAGUGAAGUGGUCCCUGUUGAUGUAGUACCCGGUAGUUCGAAGAAUGUAAGAGUCUCAACGUACACUUCUCGAAUGGCUGUGAGAUCGCAUAGAGAGUUUGAUGAACUUGGCUUAGCUUUUCUAGACUUCAUUUUGACAUAUUUCGACAACCCUGAGGCGAACAUACCACGAACUGUCUAUAACUGGAUUGUCAACCACGGA